CUCUCUCUCUCUUCCUUUCUCCUUUUAAGAUACUCCCAUUCCUCCUCCUGCCACUAGGGUUCUCCAAGACUCACACAGGGCAAUCAAGCAGCAGCGCAGGCAAAGACUUAAAGAACCCAAGUCCUAGCAAGCAGAUUGCAAGAAAGAAUCAGACUUUGAACAUUUUGACAAAUCAAGAACUAGAGAGACAGAUCUUUAGUGUAUAACCUUUGCAUUUUGUUGGGUUUUCAAGAACAUGGAGAGAUCUAGAUCCAAGAGGAACUACUAUUAUGACCAUCAAGAUUAUGACAAUGACAACCUCAACAACAACAACAACAACAACAACAUGGUUAGGACCAAACCCAGAUACAACAACAACAACAACAAUUAUUACCGUCAACGGGGACAAGGAGGCAAUAACAUGUUCAACAACAACAACAACAGGUUUUCAAGAACCCAGCAGCAGCAGCAACCACAGCAGCAGCAACAAGACCCAUCAUCGACAUUAAUGGUGACAACGAGUUACAGAAUUUUAUGUCAUGAUAUGAAAGCAGGGGGGGUGAUUGGUAAGUCGGGGAGCAUAAUCAAGUCCAUAAGGCAACACACGGGAGCGUGGAUUAAUGUUCAUGAGUUGAUUCCUGGUGAUGAGGAGAGGAUAAUUGAGAUUUCAGAUACGCGUAGGAGAGACCCAGAAGGGAGAAUGCCUUCGUUUUCGCCAGCGCAAGAGGCGCUUUUCUUGAUACAUGAUAGGAUUCUUGAGAAUGAUUUGCAGUAUGGUGUGGUGAGUAGUGGUGCUGGUGGGUUUGAGGAGGACGAGUAUGUGGGGAGAGGAGGGAAUAGAGUGGCUACCAGAUUGGUUGUGUCAAGAAUGCAUGUGGGGUGUUUGUUAGGGAAGGGAGGGAAGAUUAUUGAGCAGAUGAGGAUGGAAACAAAGACCCAGAUUAGGAUUUUGCCUAGAGAUCAUACCUUGCCAAGAUGUGUUUCCGUGUCUGAGGAGAUUGUUCAGGUUAUAGGUGAUGUCAAUGCUGUGAAAAAUGCUGUUGCUAUUAUUUCAUCAAGAUUGAGGGAGAGUCAGCAUCGUGACCGCAGUCAUUUUCAUGGACGAGUACAGUCACCGGAACGGUUUUUGGAUGAUGAUUAUAUUCCACACAUGAAUACACGCCGUUCAUCAAUGGAUGGACCACCGUCUUUUGGAUCACGAUCAUCUGGCCCCAACUAUAGAAACAAUAACUAUUCCUCACGAGCACCUGGUUUUCCUGUUGAUGCUGGGGCAGAUCCCAUUGCUGACAGUGCACAGCCCUUUUAUGUCGAGGACCUCGUGUUUCGAAUUCUUUGUCCAAUUGACAGAGUUAACAGAGUUGUUGGAGAAUCUGAUGGCUUAGUGGACUUGCUUCAAAAUGAAAUAGGUGUGGAUGUUAAGGUUGCUGAUCCUGUGUCUGGGUCUGAUGAACAGAUAAUCACCAUCUGCUCUGAGGAGGGUCCUGAUGAUGAGUUGUUUCCUGCUCAAGAAGCUUUGUUGCACAUUCAAACUCGCAUUGUUGAUCUUGUUGCUGAUAAAGACAACAUAAUAACAACGAGGUUACUUGUCCCAUCCAGUGAGAUUGGCUGUUUAGAGGGAAGAGAUGGCUCCUUAUCUGAGAUGGAAAGUUUAACUGGUGCCACGAUAGAGAUCCUGCCAAAGGAAAUGCUUCCGACAUAUCUAUCGGGGACUGAUGAGCUUGUACAGAUUCAAGGGGAAGUAAAGGCAGCUCGUGAUGCUCUUGUUGAAGUGACAUCAAGACUUCGUAGUUACUUAUACAAGGAUGUCUUCCAGAAAGACCUGCCACCAACCGUGUCUGCACCGGUCCCUGCUGGGACUGCUGGAGGAUUGCAGGCAGCUUCUUCAAAUAACCCAACUCCAGCUCGUGAAGGUCACAGUGGUGGUGAUCCUCCUGCAACCUAUCAGAAUGUGCAAUCUGCUUCAACAGCACAGCCAUCGAAGGAUGCUAGAAGAUCUAGUGCUGAAACAGUGAAGCAGAAUGAAAGCGAACACCGUGAAGAUUUGCCUCCUCCUACAAUGAAUAGAAUCCCUGUAACACUUGUCACUAGGAGUAUACUUGAAGUUGUCAUACCAGAGCCUGCAGUCCCCAAGCUCAUUACGAAAUCGAAAAACAAGCUUGCACAGAUUAGUGAGUUAUCUGGAGCCAACGUAACCCUUGUUGAAGAUAGACCGGAUGUGACAGAAAAGAUCAUACAAAUAUCUGGAACCCCGGAACAAGCAGAGAGAGCACAGAGCUUGCUUCAAGGCUUUAUUUUAAGCAUACAAGAAGAUGGACCUUAGGUUAGUCACUGAAGCCAACGAACUCGGACUUGGAGCUGGCUUCAAAUGAGAAGAAUUCCUGAUGUUCUAGUAUAAUACCUAGAGAAUCCAUUCUGUCCCUUAUUUGUAUGUAAUUGAUUUGGUAUCUGUUUUAAAUCACAAAUUUCGGGAGCAAGAAUUUCACUGUAAAUGUAACUAUUUGAGCUCAUUGUUUUUUCUGCAACGCCACAAUUUUCCUGUAUGAAUUGCAGUUUCUCUGUUAUUGUUUUGUAUCUUAAUGUAUUUCCUUUGCAUCAAUUGUCAUCAGCUGGAUUUAAAUU